GAAUGCACCUGACCAGAACGGCUAACGCGCUCACAUGGGCACGGAAUGAAUCAAGGAAUCUCGAGCUACUCGAUUGACCAUCCUGCAGUGCCAUACCUAGAAGCGAGACGUGCGCGAAGCACCAACGACUUCCUUACGAUACCUCGUAGUAGCUUCUCUAACUAGCAGCUGCUUAAGUAAGAAAUCCUUGGAUACAACACUCGGAUAAGAGUUUCAAGGUCCUGGUCUACGCCUAUCUAUACGCCUCAUUCCUGCUCCAGGUCGAUAAUCUGGCCUUUCUGGACAUCAAUUCUGGACAUCUCAGUUCUAAACAUCCAUGGCUAGAAAUACUCAUUGACGUCUUCCAAAGCAUCAGCACCUGGCAAAAGUCAUCCUUUCCGCAAAAUACUAACUAGCGGUAUCGACCUACGGGAGGCGAGGAUCAUGAGCAACCCCGCCAAAGAUGCUGGACAGACUCGUAGGCGGAUGCCGCAGAGGACUCAUUCCAAUUUCGCUGCUCGCACUGCUAGAGAUGAUGCCGAGCAAUUAGAUAGGCGUCCAUCUAUAAUUCCAUCAUCCCCGCCGACUGAGGAAACCCCGUUACUAGGUGUAGCGCAACAACUUCAUCAACAACACGUGCCCACAGAUGGAGCUGAUGAGGAACGCGACCAUGGCAUCGAUGCCAUGCGAGAGUGGUUUUCAAGGAAAUUCCGACCAUCAACUUCCUCGAAGUCACAAAAAAGGCCCUCCGUGAGCGAUGCAACGAAGCCGAGACCUGGCGCACUCCCUAGACCUGUCGGUGGAACGUCAAAGCUAGGAACAUUUGCCGGUGUCUUUGUACCAACGACGCUGAACGUGCUAAGUAUCUUGAUGUUUCUACGUUUUGGAUUUGUUCUUGGCCAAACGGGAGUGGUAGGCAUGCUGGGUAUGCUCGUUGCUUGUUACGCAAUCAAUCUAUUAACAACGCUUUCCAUCUCUGCUAUUGCGACUAAUGGAACGGUCAGAGGUGGUGGUGCGUAUUAUUUGAUCUCGCGCAGUUUAGGUCCAGAGUUCGGUGGGUCCAUCGGAAUCGUGUUCUACUUGGGCAUGGUUUUCAAUACAGCGAUGAACUCAGUAGGUCUCAUUGACUGCUUCAUCGACAACUUCGGGACCAUCACCGGUUCUUGGGCACAUUGGAUGCUUGAGGGAUUCUGGUGGCAGUACAUCUGGGCCACGAUCGUGUUGUUGCUGUGCACCGCGAUCUGCAUGGCUGGAAGUGGUAUUUUUGCCCGCUGCAGCAAUGGCUUGCUCAUUAUACUCUUGAUUGCCACUUUCAGCAUUCCAUUCUCUGCACUAUACGUCAAGGCCUUUACAGAUCCCGAAGAGGGGAUCGUAUUCACCGGGCUAAGUUUGCAGACAUUGCGCGAGAACUUGAUGCCACAGUUUACCAAGGGAGCCGCUGGAAGUCAAUCCAAACACCACGAGAACUUUCAAAGUAUCUUUGGUAUCCUUUUUCCAGCGACUGGAGGCAUAUUUGCUGGUGCGAGUAUGUCCGGAGACCUGAAGCACCCUAGUAAAGCCAUUCCGAAGGGCACUUUAUACGGCCUUGGACUUACUUUCGUGUCAUACGCAUUGGUUGUUUUAGCUAUGGGCGCCAGUAUCGCGCGCGAAUCUUUCUACAACAACACCAAUGUAAUUCAAUUGACGAAUGUUUCUGAAACCAUCAUUCUCUUGGGCGAAUUUGCGACAUCCGCCUUUUCAGUCUUGAUGGGCGUGAUAGGCAGUGCGAAGCUCUUACAAGCCCUCGCGAGAGAUCAUCUUCUACCGGGCCUUUCCAUUUUUGCACAAGGUACAGCAAAGUCAGAUGAUCCGACAUAUGCAAUCUUCAUAACAUAUGUUCUCGCCCAACUGACCAUGCUCUCUGAUAUCAACCGGAUUGCUUCAUUUAUUACCAUGACUUAUCUCAUGACUUUCUUGGUCACUAAUCUGGCCUGCUUCCUCCUUAAGAUAGGUUCUGCGCCUAACUUUCGGCCAUCUUUUCACUUCUUCAAUUGGCAAACUGCUGCAGUCGGAACAGUUGUCAGCGGAGCCACAAUGUUCUUCGUCGACGGCGUUUAUGCUUCGGGCUGCGUUGCGUUGCUGAUCAUCAUCUUCCUGCUAAUCCAUUAUACAACGCCUCCAAAACCAUGGGGCGACGUCAGCCAAAGUCUGAUUUAUCACCAGGUUCGAAAGUACCUGCUCAGGCUUCGACAAGAGCACGUAAAGUUUUGGAGACCUCAGAUCUUACUUCUAGUCAAUGACCCGCGCAGGCAGUACAAGCUCAUCCAAUUUUGCAACUCUUUGAAGAAAGGAGCCCUUUUUGUGCUAGGCCACGUCAUUGUUUCCGAGGAUUUCGGAGCGGCUGUUCCGGAGGCACGACGACAACAAACUGCGUGGACGAAGUACAUUGACUUUUCGAGGAUCAAAGCUUUCGUUAAUAUCACCAUCUCGCCCGCUGUGGAAUGGGGUGCUCGGAACAUCGUACUAGGUGCUGGCCUCGGGGGUAUGCGUCCAAACAUCGUUGUCAUGGGAUUUUACAAUCUCCCAGAGUUGCGAGAGUCCAAACCUCUGAUUGAAAUCCCUUCUCCCCAACCAUCUAGGCCAUCGAGCAAGGCAACAGACCACCCGAUCACGCCAAAGCUGGUGCAGGCAGCGGCAAAGCGGCGCAUGACAGACAAGCUGACUGGAACACUUCCAACGGAUGCGAUGAAACCUGAAAAUGCAAUUGGCAUCCAAAGCUACGUUACCGUCUUGGAGGAUCUCAUUUUACGCCUCCAGAUCAAUGUCGCUCUAGCGAAGGGUUUCCAAGAUCUAGAAACCCCCAGUGUGCAACCAUCGAGGCGACAAAAAUUCAUGGGUAUGCUAAACAUCGCAGAGAGCAUUGAUACCGAAGAGCCUUCCAGGAAGUAUAUCGACCUCUGGCCGAUCCAGAUGUCUGCUGAGAUCGCCACAGCUGGGGAGGACCCUACAAAGAAGAAUGUUCUCACGACAAACUUCGACACUUACACUCUCAUCUUACAACUAGGUUGCAUUCUUCAUACUGUGCCAUCCUGGAAGCGUACGUACAAACUUCGCGUGUGUGUUUUUGUUGAAUACGAGACCGAUGUCGAAGAAGAGAGGGGACGAGUCACAACACUUUUGCGAAACCUGAGGAUUGAAGCUGAGGUGCUCGUGGCCUGGUUGUCAAGUGGACAUCUGAAGAUGUACGAGGUCAUCAUCAACGGCAAGACUGAAGAUGAUUUUAAGCAAUCUGCAAAGGAUGUCGAUGAUGCUUUGGAGGACGAGGAGUGGUGGGAGGACAUCCGGCGCCUUCGUCGACCAAACGAAAUGAGUGCAAGUCAAGAGAUUGCACAAGCAGAAGAUCUACUAAAUGCUGUCACCAACUGGCCGACAUCGAGCUUCCAGCAUGGAAGACGUGAAUCAACACCGAAGCGAUUUUCCGAGCUUCGCAACAUGCUUCGACGGACAAAACGGAAAACUGCGGGAUCUAAUCUAGCUGGAGCUGGUCUUGCUCUUGGUAUGCCUUCCCAGCGACUGACCAUCCGUGCUCCCAAGGAUGGAUCUUCAUCGAGUGGAGAUGAAGGGAGCGAUGCCGAUGAUGAGGCCAUUACUACGGAGAGUGAAAUGGCGAUCGAUGACUUCGAAGAAUAUGAUCUAGAUGCAUCAGAUGAAGAUAGCGACCAGAUCCCCACACCGGUUAAACGAUCCAAGACCACUGGCAUGGGUAUUCCAUUUAUCAGCAGCAGAUUCAACCUGAGAAGAUCUCUUUGGAAAGAUGAUCAGAGAGACCAGUCAUCAUCCGUCGAAAGUAGAUCGACGACACGCAGUGUCACACCCUUGAGACAUAAUUCCGAGGCUGCCAAAUCCAACACAGCAUUACUUGCAGGAGCCAGACGAGCAGCAUCACAACCGGAUAGCCUCGCAAGCUUAUCAGGAAGCCCCGCGUCAUCACAACGAGGAUCAUUUGUUCGCCCUCCACCGAUCCGGAAGCAGUCCGUCCCAAGGUUCACAUCUGUCCCAGUACCUCGCACAGCGGUUGCCCCGGAAGAAGCUCCAGGACCAUCAAUAAUGUUUGUAGCCACGCCAUCCCCCGAAGCUACCCGCAAGAAAGAUCCCAUCGGUACUGCGACACCUGAAGCCGUUGUACAAGCCGCUCAAUCCGGCGAUGCAGGUCCAAUCUCCACAGCAUCCACCCUCCUGAACCCCAAAUACGACCAAUCAUUCCCCACUCAGCCUCAGGCACAAGCAUCAGGCUAUCCCUUGCAGCAAGCCAUCCCGCUGUCAUUCAACGACCUCCCCUGCCGAGCCCAACACCUCAUCCUCAACGAGCUCAUCCGCCAGAACUCGGACGACACGGCUGUCGUCUUCACAACGCUCCCGAGUCCCGUAGAGGGAACGUGCCAAAGCGAGACUGAGAGUGUUAAGUUUAUAAGUGACCUCGAGGUUCUGUGCCAGGGCUUACCGCCAACGCUGCUGGUGCAUAGUAACAGCAUGACGGUAACGAUGAAUUUGUAGGCAUAUGAUGCGAUAUCAUUUUUUAUGUUCCAGAAAAGUUGUUGAUGGACUCGCAUGUGAUUAAUUUAAUGGAGAGUCUCAUGUUGUCUAUACUCGAGAUAAUGAGAGUGGUGUGUGCAGUUUCAUAAUAAUAUCAUAGCGGCUUAGAUUGUUUGAGCUGUCGAAGAGUUCUUCGAGCAGCGGCACGGCAUAGCAUCAGCGUUUCCAAG